UUAGUUAUUUUAUGGAAUUGGGAAGGUCACUAUAUAUAUGUGCAAAUGCUUGGGCAUCCCCUCGUACUACUAUCAUUUUUUACCUUCAAAUAUAAUAUUUCGCAAAAUAAAAGCCAAGAAGAAAGAAGCUCUCAUCUUGGUUUGAUACUUUUGGUUUUUUGUUGUUACAAAAGAGGGGUGCUGUUUCUCCUAUACAAGGUUGCUAUGACUAAAGGUCUAGUUUGGUUGAUUUACAUGUACGGCUUCCCACUUUUGGUUGUCAACGGCUUCCUUGUCACCAUAACUUACCUCCAGCAUACGCACCCGGCAUUACCUUACUACGACUCAUCGGAGUGGGAUUGGCUGAAGGGGGCAUUGUCCACUAUGGAUCGCGAUUAUGGGGUGUUAAACAAGGUUUUCCAUAACAUAACAGAUACUCAUGUUGCUCAUCAUUUGUUCUCUACUAUGCCUCAUUACCAUGCAAUGGAAGCAACCAAAGCAAUCAAGCCUAUUCUUGGGGAUUAUUACCAGUUUGAUGGGACGCCAUUCUAUAAAGCAUUAUGGAGGGAAGCUAAGGAGUGUUUGUAUGUCGAGCCAGACGAUGAUUCACAGCAGAAAGGUGUAUACUGGUACAAAAAUCGGUUCUGACAUUCUAAUUCUGGUCCCGAACUGUUAUGUUAUGAACUAAGUGAUAAGUUCUGAAAAAAAUUCUACUCGUACUUGUUAGUAGUAACUUGUUACUUUGUUAGACUGUUACUUGUAGUAACUAGGUAUCCCGAGUGUUUCCCUGUAUUAGAUUUUCAGGCACUAAAUAUCUCAGCUGUUCUAUUGGAUAUAAAACGAAACUAUUAUCUCUGUGACUCAUCAUCA